UUUUUUCCUGAAGGAAUUCAUCGUCGGUCCCUGGGAGGGUCCUCCUUCUGUCAUCCUUUGGGCGAUAUGCAGCCGCCUUUCGGCCGACGGAUUGCUGUGGUCUUCGGUCUUCGUACCCCGACAUUACGCUUUUCCAUGCCAGUCCCUCGGUGGCUGCUCUGUCCUUUCUCCCCUUCCUGUUCUAGCCCACCUUUGGAGCCCGGCCGUGGGGGCUCUGGAUCAGAGGGACCUGACACAAACACGUAGGCGGCGGGCCCUUCAUUUUAAGGUACCGUUGUGGACUCGAUCCUUCUUAACCUAGUUCUUCCUCCGCGCUCUUGGUAGGGACCUGUGCGGUCGAUGCUGACGCGGGCCCUGGAUGCUCCAGCCUCGAGUACAUUAAGGGCGCUCUUGCGACCAUGACGGCCAUCAUCCAGAAGCUGCGUCGCAAGCAGAAACUUUCCUCCGAGUUGCACUCGCGCUGGGGGGAUGUUGCUAUCACUUAUCCCACCGGUGGGUCCUGGAAUCAAUGGGAUCAUUCUUCUGCCGGGGGGCAUUCAGCCUCGACCGACCCUGAGCGACGGCAUGGCUCUCUGGAACUCAAUCGGUCCGCCACCACCCCUCGGAUAGGGAGUCAGAUACGAUCUGGUGCGCGGGCGCCCUCGGUGGAUUCGGCCAUGACUUUUCCUACGGGCCAUUACGACGCACGCGUUGGGAGUCGAAUCCGACGGAAAAACCAACCCAGUAGCCCCGGGAUCGGAUUGGCCAUGCCGAUGGAUUCUCCCGUCGAAUGCGAUCAGUCCUGCUCUGACGAGUCCUCCGAAGACGAGGAGGAUGCUACGGCCGUUCCAGCUCCUCUCAAUGUGUCCCGCGAUCGAAAUCCAAGCAAUGGGGAGGAAUCCGACGCGUACUCGCGUGCCUCCAAAUCCCCACCGUUAUCAGUCACCUCUCGCAUGCGUCGGUACAGUGUCCAAAGCAACUCAACGGAGCCCACGAUAUCCGGACCGGGGACCACCAGUUCGAAGCAUACUAGUUACACCUCGUCUGCGCCCUCGAAUCCGUCCGAAGACCCGCGACCUCAUGUACAUCGUCUAUCUACGCAGCAUGAGAAGAAGCCGGUGCGGCGUCCCAAACCGGAGCCGCUGACUCUGCCGACCCAGCCUGAGAUGGUGCCGUCGUAUGAUGAAUUGUAUGGGUGACCACGGGGUCGAGGGCUAGUUGCAUGGGAGGCUUUUUGUUUGAUUUAGUUACUGCACAUCUGUUCCACUGCUUUGGGGGAGGAACGAGGUACGCCGACCUGGCUUGUGUUUUUGGGUGGAUGCGAUUCUAUUAAGCCAGCCGUAAGAGGGCAAAAGAUUUAACCUGCAUGCAUCGUGGCGUCUAAUUGCUGUCGGGAGGCGUUUUGUUUACCUUUUACUUGGUUUUGCUUGUUCCAUAUAGUGCCUGUCUAACUUUGGUUUAUUUGGACAAUUCUAUCAGUCACACAGGACUUUACUUUUGGCGUCUCGCGGUGGGUGACCGAGGCGACACUACAGAUCCGGGCAGGCAGUAGGGCUCCCUUUGGCGAAGCGCCCUUGAGAUUCCGCGGAUGGCGUAAAGAGGGGGUGGGGGAAUGAUUGGC